AGGAGAAGGAGUAGUGGGCCGUGGAGGCUUCGCCGCCUAGGUACUGCUAUUACCAGAAUUUGGUAGAAAAAGGAUCUACUUGUUGGCGGCCUCUUGAUAAAAAGAGAUGUGGGGGGAUUCUCGACCUGCUAACAGAACUGGACCUUUUCGUGGGAGCCAAGAAGAAAGGUUUGCUCCCGGGUGGAACAGGGAUUAUCCUCCUCCUCCCCUUAAGAGUCAUGCUCAAGAGAGACACUCUGGCAACUUUCCUGGCAGAGAUUCACUUCCCUUUGAUUUCCAGGGGCAUUCGGGGCCUCCUUUUUCAAAUGUAGAGGAGCAUUCUUUCAGCUAUGGAGCUAGAGACGGACCUCAUGGUGACUAUCGAGGAGGGGAGGGACCUGGACAUGAUUUCAUGGGGGGAGAUUUUUCAUCUUCUGAUUUCCAGAGCAGAGAUUCAUCACAGUUGGACUUCAGGAGUAGGGACAUACAUUCUGGGGAUUUUCGGGAUAGAGAAGGACCACCUAUGGACUAUAGGGGUGGAGAUGGUACUUCUGUGGAUUAUAGAGGUAGGGAGGCACCUCAUAUGAACUACAGAGACAGGGAUGCUCACGCUGUUGACUUCAGAGGUAGGGAUGCUCCUCCAUCUGACUUCAGGGGCCGGGGCACUUAUGAUUUAGAUUUUAGAGGCCGGGAUGGAUCCCAUGCAGAUUUUAGGGGAAGGGAUUUAUCAGAUUUGGAUUUCAGGGCCAGAGAACAUUCCCGUUCUGAUUUUAGGAAUAGAGAUGUAUCUGAUUUGGACUUUAGGGACAAAGAUGGAACACAAGUAGAUUUUAGAGGCCGAGGUUCAGGUACUGCCGAUCUAGACUUUAGGGACAGGGAUGUACCACAUUCAGAUUUCAGAGGUAGACACCGGUCUAGGACUGAUCAGGAUUUUAGGGGCAGAGAGAUGGGACCUUGUAUGGAAUUUAAAGAUAGGGAGAUGCCCCCUGUGGAUCCAAAUAUUUUGGAUUACAUUCAGCCCUCUACACAAGAUAGAGAACAUUCUGGUAUGAAUGUGAACAGGAGAGAAGAAUCCACACAUGACCAUACGAUAGAAAGGCCUGCUUUUGGCAUUCAGAAGGGAGAAUUUGAGCAUUCAGAAACAAGAGAAGGAGAAACACAAGGUGUAGCCUUUGAACAUGAGUCUCCAGCUGACUUUCAGAACAGCCAAAGUCCAGUUCAAGACCAAGAUAAAUCACAGCUUUCUGGAGGUGAACAGCAGAGUUCAGAUGCUGGUCUGUUUAAAGAAGAAGGAGGUCUGGACUUUCUUGGGCGGCAAGACACCGAUUACAGAAGCAUGGAAUACCGUGAUGUGGAUCAUAGGCUGCCAGGAAGCCAGAUGUUUGGCUAUGGCCAGAGCAAGUCUUUUCCAGAGAGCAAAACUGCCCGAGAUGCCCAACGGGACCUUCAGGAUCAAGAUUAUAGGACCUGCCCAAGUGAGGAGAAACCCAGCAGGCUUAUUCGAUUAAGUGGGGUGCCUGAAAAUGCCACAAAAGAAGAGAUUCUUAAUGCUUUUCGGACUCCUGAUGGUAUGCCUGUAAAGAACUUGCAGUUGAAGGAGUAUAACACAGGUUACGACUAUGGCUAUGUCUGCGUGGAGUUUUCACUCUUGGAAGAUGCCAUCGGAUGCAUGGAGGCCAACCAGGGAACUCUAAUGAUCCAAGACAAAGAAGUUACCCUGGAGUAUGUACCAAGCCUGGAUUUUUGGUACUGCAAACGAAGAUGGGGUUUCUCCAUGUCGUCCAGGCUGGUGUUGAACUCCCGGCUUCAAAUGAUCCAACCGCCUUGGCCUCCCAAAGUGCUAGGAUUACAGUGUAAGGCAAGCAUUGGUGGGCACCGAUCUUCCUGUUCAUUCUGCAAGAACCCAAGGGAAGGGAUUCUCUUUGUUUCUGUUCCACUAGUGACAGAAGCCAAGCAAGAAUUAAUAACCUACCCUCAGCCCCAGAAAACAUCUAUACCAGCACCAUUGGAAAAACAACCCAACCAGCCCCUAAAACCAGCUGAUAAGGACCCUGAACCCAGGAAGAGGGAAGAAGGACAAGAGUCCCGCUUAGGACAUCAAAAGAGAGAAGCAGAAAGGUAUCUGCCUCCUCGAAGGGAAGGGCCAACUUUCCGAAGAGACCGAGAGAAAGAGUCAUGGUCUGGAGAGACACGCCAGGAUGGAGAGAGCAAAACCAUCAUGCUAAAGCGUAUCUAUCGUUCCACACCACCUGAGGUGAUAGUGGAAGUGCUGGAGCCCUAUGUCCGCCUUACUACUGCCAACGUUCGUAUCAUCAAGAACAGAACUGGCCCUAUGGGCCAUACCUAUGGCUUUAUUGACCUUGACUCCCAUGCGGAAGCUCUUCGUGUGGUGAAGAUCUUGCAGAACCUUGAUCCACCAUUUAGUAUUGAUGGGAAGAUGGUGGCUGUAAACCUGGCCACUGGAAAACGAAGAAGUGAUUCUGGGGACCAUUCUGACCACAUGCAUUACUAUCAGGGUAAAAAAUAUUUCCGAGAUAGGAGGGGAGGUGGCAGAAAUUCAGACUGGUCUUCAGAUACAAAUCGACAAGGACAACAGUCAUCAUCUGACUGCUACAUAUAUGAUUCCGCUACUGGCUACUAUUAUGACCCCUUGGCAGGAACUUAUUAUGACCCCAAUACCCAGCAAGAAGUCUAUGUGCCCCAGGAUCCUGGAUUACCUGAGGAAGAAGAGAUCAAGGAAAAAAAACCCAGUCAAGGAAAGUCAAGUAGUAAGAAGGAAAUGUCUAAAAGAGAUGGCAAAGAGAAAAAAGACAGAGGAGUGACAAGGUUUCAGGAAAAUGCCAGUGAAGGGAAGGCCCCUCCUGAAGACGUCUUUAAGAAGCCCUUGCCUCCUACUGUGAAGAAGGAAGAGAGUCCCCCUCCACCUAAAGUGGUAAACCCACUGAUCGGCCUUUUGGGUGAAUACGGAGGAGACAGUGACUAUGAGGAGGAAGAAGAGGAGGAGCAGACCCCUCCCCCACAGCCUCGAACAGCACAACCCCAGAAGCGAGAGGAGCUAACAAAGAAAGAGAAUGAAGAAGACAAACUCACUGACUGGAAUAAACUGGCUUGUUUGCUCUGCAGAAGGCAGUUUCCCAAUAAAGAAGUUCUGAUCAAACACCAGCAGCUGUCAGACCUGCACAAGCAAAACCUGGAAAUCCACCGGAAGAUAAAACAAUCUGAGCAGGAGCUAGCCUAUCUGGAAAGGAGAGAACGAGAGGGAAAAUUUAAAGAAAGAGGAAAUGAUCGCAGAGAAAAGCUCCCGUCUUUUGACUCUCCAGAAAGAAAACGGAUUAAAUACUCCAAGGAAACUGACAGUGAUCGUAAACUUGUUGAUAAAGAAGAUAUUGAUACUAGCAGCAAAGGAAGCUGUGUCCAACAGGCCACUGGCUGGAGGAAAGGGACAGGCCUGGGAUAUGGCCAUCCUGGAUUGGCUUCAUCAGAGGAGGCUGAAAGCCGGAUGAGAGGCCCCAGUGUUGGAGCCCCAGGAAGAACAAGCAAAAGACAGUCCAACGAGACUUACCGAGAUGCUGUUCGAAGAGUCAUGUUUGCUCGGUAUAAAGAACUCGAUUAGGAAUGGAGACAAGUUCUGUGAUAUACGACCUCCUUGUUUUGUUUGUCUCUCCUUUUCUUUUGUUACUGUUCUUGCUGCUAGAACUUUUUUAAAUAAACUUUUUUUCAAUGUGACUAUCUUUUUGUUAAAUUUUUUUUCCCAGAGAUGGGUGGAAGUGGGGCUACUGGCAGGAGGGAUAGAGUACCUUGCUUCAGGGUUAUUUGAAGUUAUGUUGAAAUAGCAACUAGUGCUGCAGUAAACCCUAGAAUACUGCCUACUGUCAGUGUAAGUGAGUAGGUUACAGUGACCUUUGAACUAUAGCUUGUGUGUAUGCUGUCAGACCAAAAAAUUCAUUUUCUCAAUCUAAUCAGCAAAUACAGCAUUUCAUUAUUUGUUUCUUUUAUUUUUUUUUUAGUAACUGCUUAAGCUGAAAGUAUUUACUACUCAUUAGAUAUUCAAAAUUCUUCUGAUUCCCUGUUAUGGUGAGGUUGGGGGAGGGGUGAGAACUGUUUUUCUGAGUGCCUGCUGGGUACUCCAUGCUUCACACUUUGUGAUUACAAGUUGACAUAGUAAGGAUCACCAUUCCUCUCCAGGCACUACCUGGCUCUUCUUUCCCUCCAUUGUUAAAACUGUCCAAAGAAGUAGUUGAAAUCUGCCCUCUUUCAAAUCUUUCUCAACUUCCCCAUUAUCACCUCUACCAUCUCCCAGUAUUUGCUUCAAAAAUGAACGUUUUGUGUGUUUGUAUUUUGAGACAGAGUCUUACUUUGUGGCCCAGGCUGGAGUGCAGUGGCAUGAUCACUACUUACUGUAUCCUCAACCUCCUGGGCUCAAGUGAUCCUCCUACCUUCGCCUCCCAAAGUUUUGGGAUUACACACAAUGAGCCACUUCUGGGUCCAGCCCAGAAGUGAGCCCUUAAAAAAAAAUUCUUUGUGGUUAAAAGGACUAUAUAUAAGGGUGGGCACAGUGGCUCACAGCCGUAAUUCCAGCACUUUGGGAGGCCAAGGCAGGUGGAUCACCUGAGAUUAGGAGUUUGAGACCAGCCUGGCCAAUGUGGCAAAACCCCAUCUCUACUAAAAAUACAAAAAUUAGCUAGGUGUGGUGGUGCGUGUCCGUAAUCACAACUACUCGGGAGGCUGAGGCAGGGGAAUCACUUGAACCCGGGAGGCAGAGGUUGCAAUGAGCCGAGACUGUGGCAUUGUACUCAAGCCUGGGUAACAGGAGUGAAACUCCGUCUCAGAACAACAAAUGAACAAUAAGUAAAAAUGUUUGCAAAGCAGCUAGUGCAAUAAUCUAGCAUCCAAUAAAGCAAUCAACUAAUUUUCCUCUUUUAUUUUCACUACUAUUUUUUGAGAUGGAGUCUUGCUGUGUCCCCCAGGCUGGAGUACAGCGGCGAAAUCUCGGCUCACUGUAACCUCCCCCUCCCAGGUUCAAGAGAUUCCCCUGCCUCAGCCUCCCGAGUAGCCAUGAUUACAGGCGCGCGCCACCACACCCAGCUAAUUUUUGUAUUUUCAGUAGAGACGGGGUUUCACCAUGUUGGCUAGGCUGGUCUCGAACUCCUGAGCUCAGGUGAUCCACCCACCUUGACCUCCCACAGUGCUGGGAUUACAGGCAUGAGCCACCAUGUCUGGCCCCUCCUUUUUAUUUUUUAGAGACAGGUUCUCACAUUGUCCCCAGGCUGGAGUGCGGUGACGCGAACACAGCUCACUGCAGCCUAGCCCUCUCUGGUCCAAGCGAUCCUCCCACCUCAGCCUUCCGAAUAGCUGGGACCAGAGGCGUAAGCCACCAUGCCCAGCUAAUUUUAUUUUUCAUAGACACAGGGUCUUACUGUGUUACCCAGGCUGAUCUCGAACUCCUGGCCUCAAUGAUCCUCCCGCCUCGGCCUCCCAAAAUGCUGGAUUGUGGGCGUGAGGCACCACGCCCCGCACAGUCACCUUUGGAAGUCGAAUUAGACAAUGUUUUACACCAUGUCAGUGAAAGCAAACUGUACUCUCUACUGCGCUAGUAGCAAAAGCAAAGAAUUACCAUGCUUAAUAGAGAGGAACCCUAAAAACUCUAAUCCGGGUCCGCAAAAGCCGAUUGACAACUCUGGUGAUUUAGAAGAGAAUUGCGCAAGAAAUUAACACAGAGCGUCCUAAGUGACCAGAUUGCCUGCGACCACAUUUCCCGGCAGACCUCGCGCAGCCAGGUGUCUUCUAGGAUUGGACUCCUCCGCAGGAGGCGGGUGGCGGGGGGAGGGGAUAGGCGCGAGGUACUGUGGGUAGGAGACGGCCGUCGGCGGAGGCGCCAUUUUGUGGAGCCGCCGAACCUUGUUGGAGGUUCUUGGGCGCAGACCCGCUACUGCUGCUUCGAUCUCUCGAAGG